UGAUGCCAGUCGGUGCCAAGAUCUGAACAGGCCCACACUUCGCAUAGGCAGGGCCAUACUGGUAGCAGGCAGCCUACUGCAGCGAAAUAUGCUGUCUUGGUAUGUCAUACCAAGACCGCUCACCUUCACGUGGUGACUUUCGGAAGGGGGGUCGGCCAAGUUUGGCCGUCUUGGCAGGAUACGUCGGAGUGCACUGUGUGAUCUGACGCCCAGUGAGAACCCUGGAUCUCCCUGGAUUGAUGUCGGGACUGAAUUGCCUUGUAAAAGAAAACUAGGCUGCUACCGUUGCCACCCACGGUGUCGAGGUUGCUCCUGGUUGCUCGAGCAUUCAUGAGAUCGUCCAGGUCCCGCCAUCCGCGCUUCGGCGCAUCAUGACCCGAUCGGUAGACUCGCGCAGUGCACACAACUCCUGUCAGUAGCUCCUGUCUUUGAUCUCAUGCCGCUUGUCUCUCCACGUCCAUCUCCGCGCUCCUGCAUUCGUAUUCGAUCAUCUUUGGUUGCUGCGCUACACACCGGCACCCAACAACCAUCAUCGAAAUACCUUGACUCGACACAAGCACACCAUCUUUCCGUAUCGUCAUCACCCGAUGAUCUUUCUCCGUCUCAGAGGAGCACGUUGAAUGCAGCUCUUCGCGUCGACCAAGCUGGAGAAGUCGCCGCAAACUACAUCUACCAAGGCCAGUUGGCUGUCUUGCGGCGGGACCGUCGCACAGCUGCUGUGAUUCAGGACAUGUGGGAGCAAGAAAAGAAACAUCUGGCUGUGAUGAACAAGCUGCAGGUACAGCAUCGCGUCAGGCCCACCGUCCUUUGGGAGGUUGCCAAAGUCGCUGGCUUUGGACUUGGCGCUGUCACUGCCUUGAUGGGCAAAGAAGCUGCGAUGGCUUGCACUGAGGCUGUAGAAACAGUUAUCGGCGAACACUAUGACGACCAGCUCAAAGAGAUGGCUGAGUUUACUACCGAGCAUCCGAGUCUUUCCUUAUUGAAGGAUAUCAUUGGAGAAUUCCGAGACGACGAGUUGGAACAUUUGGAUACUGCGAUCGAGCAUGACUCUCAGCGUGCGCCUGCACAUGCGCUGCUCAGCUCAGUCAUCGGCACAGGAUGUAAGAUUGCCAUUGAGUUCUGCAAACGGGUCUAG